AGAAAACAGAAAAAGAAAUGGGAACGGGGAAGAGAAUACAGAGGAGUUCGUCUUCCUCCCUCUCUCUCGCAUCUUACGAGCUCAAAACUUCCCCAACAAUGGCAACCUCACGCACCCCAGACUUCACAUUUCACUCAAUCUCACUCUUGCUCUCAACGAAACCCCUUUCAAACACUCUCAGCUCUCACAAAAACAAAUCAAACAACAAGCAUGAAGAGAAAGAAAAAGAGUAGGAAAGAAAGGUUCUUACAGGGCGUCGCUGCGGUGGUGGUGAUGGAUGCGAAGAAAACUGGCCUCCAGCUUUAGGGUUUAGGGUUGUUGUCUGGAAUUCCAAAGAAUAUCUUCUGCAAACUACUUUUGAUGCGCUCAGUUGGGAUUGGCCUUUUUGAUGCUUGAUUCGGAAAAGGGUGAUGUGAAUGAUAUGCAACCUUGCUAAUCUCGACCAACUUCUUCUGCCAUGACCAUUUACAUGCAGGUUUGGAUUGGUUGCAAAGUUGUAGGCUCAAAUGACUGUGGUGCUUCUGUUAUUGGCCUGGCAUGCUAUGUUGGACCCUUGUUUAGCUCAACAGGUGAUUGGUGCAGAAUACUUGCAAAGGUUGUUUUGCACUCAGGUCUACUCCAAUUGUUUCACUUGGGCAUGGAAUGUCGCUUGAUGGAUGUUGACGGUUGUUAUGUCCUGCUAUGGUGCAAGUGCACAUUCAUUGGCAUGGUUGUCUUGGUGAUGCAACAUGUUGUGUUGACGGAAAGUUGGUUAUUCCCUUGCCUUGGUAUGCAAUGUUACUGCAGGAUGGUGUUUGUGCAGGGCUGUUAUGGUUUGGUGUGGCAUGAGGUCUCGCUGCAGGGUGAACCAUGAUGAACAACAUGACUGCUUUGAUUUGCUCCUGCUGUGAUGUCUUCAGUAGUUUGGACUGUUCUUACUUGUCAUUGCAGCAACUUCAAAUGGAGUGGUAAUCUGUGUAUCCUGCUUACAUGCA